CGUUUAGUAUACAGUAUUGCGACUAUCCCACAAACCAAUAAACCAAAAUCAGGGACAUCUAUCUCAUAAGAGAUUCUACUAUGUUAAAUUAACAAGCAGGCAUUUGAGAGAAUUACGGGGCGCCAAUAGACAUGAGAAAGGCCUACGUAUCCCUGCGGCUCUCCAGGUUUAUUAACACUCGAUUUCGAUGGGUCAUUCAGGGUGAUAAUCGGAUGCCAUGCCGCCACAACCCUGGAUACCGCAUACUCCCUUUUCUAGGAUAUUGUUUCUAUUAUAAAGAACAAUGCUUACCAUCGCUCCAGGUUAAAAGUUGACUAUAUUUUUCGUUUUCGGGUUUUCGUUAAUCGAUAUGUCGGUCAAUGCGGUCCCUCAGGUUUUCAAGCCUGUACUAGGCUUCGUGAAAGCUGAACUCGCCGUCAAUUGUGUUUUGGUCUUUCUAGUUUUAACAACUGUUACGUUAAGAGUUUUGGGACGACUCAACGGACCGGGACUGGGUUGGGAUGAUUAUAUGGUUAUCUUCGCGACGCCUUUAGGUGUCGGCAUGUUGGCAUGCCAAGGCCUUUUUGCUCCUGUAGGAAAUGGCUACAAUUUACCUGAAUAUCCAGAACUUGCGGUCAAUAUUCCAUUCAUCCUUCAGUUGACAUUUUGUAUGCAAGUUAUAUAUGUCACUCUAUUAGCAUCAGUAAAAGCGAGCAUGCUGUUCUUCUUCAUACGCGUUUUCGCCACCCCUUUUAUGCAACGCGCUGCCAGGAUCUGUUUGGGAUUGGUGGCGGCCUGGCUUGUAUCCUUCCUCGGCUCCUGUAUUUUCCUCUGCGCUCCCAUCUCAGGACAGUGGACUGGUAUUGGCCAAUGUGGUGCAUAUAUCCCCAUGAUUCAAUCAUUGAUUGUGACAAACGCUAUCGGAGACAUUGUCAUCAUGGCGCUCCCAAUGAAAAUUAUUUGGUCUUUACAAACGCGAACUACCGAGAAGAUUGGAAUUACGUCGUGCUUCGCGUUGGGUAUUGCCUGUGUUAUUUGUGCCAUCUUCCGAGUGAUAUACAUUUCCACGGUGGAUCUGACCACCAAUAUCACAGGCACAAUGCCUACCACGAUUUUCCUCUUCAUCCUAGAGCCCAACCUAGCUAUUCUCUGCGUUAGCAUCCCGAUGCUUCGACCAUUUUGGGUCAGAUACAAACAAAAUACACACGGCGCCUCCAAGUUGCGUGAAUAUUCAGAUCAGCAGACUAUUGGAUCUAAAGGCAUGAAACAUUCCAACCAAAGAAGCAAGAACGCGAAUACCUUGACGGACACUAUGAACAUGACAACUUGGGAGAUGGACGAUUACAACCCAGAGGAGACUAAGUACGAUGCUACGGCGGAAACGUACGCUGAUGAGUCUGGGUCGGAGAAAAAUCUAACCACGUCUCCCCAGUUACCAGCAAAAAACGCAAUUGCUGUUGAGACGAAAUGGGCUGUCACUCGGGACUAAAAGUUGGGAUGGAUUAUCUUUAAAAAUACCUAGGCAUAGAUGAAAACUUCAAUAGGUAACAGCAUAGCGAAUGUUUGGGGGGGGAAGGCUCAGCAAUAGCCACAUACCAAUUAUACACGGUACGAUUUUUUUUUAAAUUUCAAGUCCGCGCAAUCCAUAUCAAGAAUAUAGGCAUACUUGCACCGAUUUACGCAAAACCUUUUCAACUUGGAUGAGCUU